AUGGUCGAGAAGAUUAUGCAACUGAAAUGCGACUGCAACCAGUACCCAUGGGGAAAGCAGGGCUCCAAGUCACUCGCAGCAACCCUGUGUGCAAAGACUCCCGGCACAGACUUCAAGAUUGAUGAAAACACAAGUUACGCUGAGAUGUGGAUGGGCACAUACCCCGAGCUGCCUUCAUAUGUCCUGGAGACCGGCGAGGACCUUCAAAAAGUGCUGGAUAGACAUCCGAAUGAGCUUGUUGGAAAGGCUACUGCCGAGAAAUUCAACCACACCAAGCUUCCUUACCUACCCAAGGUUCUGUCAAUAGCAAAGGCCCUACCCCUGCAACUGCACCCAAACAAAGACCUGGCUUCCAAGCUGCAUGCAAGGAACCCAGAUCAAUUCACAGACCCAAACCACAAGCCAGAGAUCGCGUUGGCUCUUGGCGACUUCGAAGCUUUCUGUGGCUUCAAGCCGCUCAAGGAUAUCGAGCGCUUGAUGCAGCUACCCCCUCUCCAGGCCUUCCUUCCAGAGGUCAAGAAGGCAGAGUUCGAUGAUCAGACUCUAAAGCACGUUGUCAAGGCAAUGCUCCUGGCUUCCGACGACGCUGUACGCAAAACCAACGACGCACUGAUGAAGAUCCCAAAGGAACAGUUCGGCGAAUCCAGCUACAUCCCUGACAUGAUUCCACGUUUGGCUGAGCAGUACGACAAGGCCGACAACGGAACUCUUGUUGCUCUGGUCACCAUGAACUACCUCCAGCUCAAGGCUGGCGACAGCAUCUACAUCCCAGCUGACGGCAUCCACGCAUAUCUCUCUGGUGAUAUCAUCGAGUGCAUGGCCCGAUCAAACAACGUUCUGAACACCGGUUUCUGCCCGCGUGCCGACCGAGACAACGUCGACAUGUUCUGCUCUUGUUUGACCUUCACACCACAUGACGCCAAGGAAGCUAUUCUACCAGCGAAACCUUUCGAUGGAAGCAAGAACGGCAAGACGCAGCUCUACGCGCCUCCUCUAAGCGAGUUCAACAUGCUGGCUACAACCCUGGGUGACGGCGAUUCCGAGACGAUCCGGGCAGUUGGUGGGCCAAGUGUCAUGAUCGUAACAGAGGGCGAGGGUACCAUGAAGGGUAACGGCAAGGAAUACAAACUAAGCGCAGGCUACAUUUUCUUUGUCGCUCCAGGCGUAGAACUAGAGUUCAAGGCCACCAAGCAGCUCAAGUCCUUUACAGCUUAUGUAGAGUAG